CUUCGGCUGUGUCCCCCAGAAAUGUUGUCAGUGGCCGCCCUGCUCACGGUCACGCAGCUCGACGCCUCCGGCGUCGCCUACACGCCAGCCCUGAUGUGGGGUCCCGAGGGCCUCGGCUUCGGCCGAGGCGCAAAGCACCUGGACGCGGUGAGCGGCCAGGACCUGGAGGUCGCCGUCGCUGCGCUGCUGGGGCAGCCAGGCAACGAGGGCGCGCCGCUGCUCGCGUCUGAGCCGGCGCGCGGCGCACGGCUGCCUGAGGUGCAGCUGGUCUUUCUGCUCGAGGGGCUCGGCACGGAGGACGUCCGCCGCGAGGGCGGCCAGCUGCGCCACGUGCAGAGCCUGAUGGACAGCGCACCCGCGUCGCUGACUGCGCCCUUCACGACGCGCUCGCCCCGCCGGCCGAGCAUCUUCGAGAAGGCGCCGCGGCUGCGCCCAGAUGAGGUGGAGGCGCACCUGCGCGCCCACCCCGAGAUCCUGACCAACGGCGCCGCCGACCUGCUCCUCGUCGAGCACGCUGCGGCAGACCUGUCUGCGCACGACGAGGCGGUGCACCGCGUCUGCGGGCACGUGGCGGGCGCCACCUCGGGCAACUACGGCGCGCUCGUCACCGGCUCGAAGCUGCCUCUCGAGGCGCCCCGCCGCCGCCUCAGCUCGGGCGAGACGGGCGUCAAGCUGAUGAUUGAGCGCGACCUCCUGACGGGGCUGCUCGUCUUCGCGCUCCUCUUCACCAUCUUCAUCUCGGGCUUCUGCUGCCUCUUCUCGCUCCAGACGCCGCGCAAGUUCGAGGACGGCUCCAAGGCGCAGUGAGCCCGCCAGACGCCGCGCGUGCGUGCGCGCUGCGUCUGCUAUCCGGCGCCGCCCCCCCUCUACAUGCACGGCUCUCUGCGCGGCGAGCCAGGCAGCCAGCCGCACGCCCGCGCCCGCGCGCGUGAGGGCCAGAGACGCGCGGCGCGCGGGGCGCUCGCCGCGACUAGUACUACGGUAAAGGGUCCGGCCAGGGGUCCGGGAGACUCUCUGCACUCUCGGAGGGGGGAGCCGAGCCGCGAGAGCGUGCCGGGUCGCGGGUCCGGGUGGCCUCUCCAUCCCACUUUCCUGAGAGCGCAGAAUUUGUUUCCCCUGCCCGUUGCGCCGACGUUGAUGUGUUUUGUUGUGAUUACGAGCAGUCUAUCUCCUC